GAAGGAUUUUGCGGACCACCAAAUUGGCCUGAGCGGCGAGAAGCUGGACGAGCUAAUUGAGCUCGGUGAAGCGACACGCAAUGCCGUCCAGCGACACUUCGAUGAUCUUCAGGCGGAGAUCCAAGCUGACAGGAACCUCAUCGAGUACCACUCGAAGCAGAUUGGAGCCAACAUGCGAAGCAUAGAGGAGAACAAGGGCCGGAUCAUGUCCAAUCAGCAGCUGAUUCGUGACGAGCAGGACCGCGCCCGGGCAGAGGCCAAUAAUGCGGUCGCCCGCGUGCAGAGUUUGCAAGAGAUGCUACGGCAGGAGCUCUGCUGCUUGGGAGUUUGGGGCCUGGGCAAAAUGGAGCACAACCAGGCAGAGCGAGCCAAGCUGGAGCGUCAGCUCAGUGAGAGCCAGAAGUACAAGUCCGAGAUGGAGUCUGAGCUUACAAGGCUUCAAGAUGAGAUGACAGCAGGGCUUCAGGAGGACAUCGAUGACUUGAACAGAAAGUUUGAUGACGUUGGCGAGGCUGUUGAAAAGAUCCUUGCUCGCAUGGAGAUGCCAGAGCAGCCGACGCUUCUGCAGCAGCUGCACAAGGUCAGCGAAAUCCAGAGAAGAGGCAAUCUUGACAUCAACCUCAACAACGGAGACGUCGUGCUCCUGCGGCCCAUCAACUUCAAGCGGAAGAACAUGAAUGACCCGCCCACUGCAGAGUUCGAAAACGAGAAGGAAGCCUUGGAAAUCUUGACUGAUCUUUGCGAGCUUUGGCAGAUGUUCAAGGUCUCCAUCGUUAUCGAAGGGCACACCAAAGACAUCGGUGUCGGGACAGACGAGUUCUGGCAAAGCGUGGCCAAUAGCCGGGCUGCACUCUGCGCUGCGACCAUGGGUGUCAUGGGCGUGGAUCUGUCGCAGGUUGCAGCUGUGGGCAAGCCUGGCAAGACAGGUCUGAACAAAGCUGCCUUGGUGAUCUCUUUCGACCUCUUCCCGGACUUGGACUGA